AUGUCUCGCGAGAGCAGCCCUCUCCUUGACAGCGGCGGUAUCCGCCAGCGGUUCCGACAUCAGAAUCCUGAACCUAGCGAACCGGUGACAUUGCCGUUUAACAAUUCUGGUGCGCAAUAUGAUCAUCUGCCGGUUUACUAUACUAUUCAUCGCAUUCGGAAUGAAGUCACAAAUCUUAUCGAUGAUCCGUAUAGUUUGAAGCAACUUAGGGAUCCUCGCAUGAACCAAUCUCUCAUCCGACCGCUCGUCGACAAAUACUAUGAGAUGAAAGAUAUCUCCGUAGGCACGGCUAUUCUUCCCUGCCCGAUCACUUCAGAAACACUAAUAUCGUUCUACAAAUUUUAG